AUGGCGGCGGCGGUGUUGCCCGGUGCGAGGUGGCUCUACUGUGGGAAGCCCGACGAGAGCCAGAAAGCCGUACUGGUCCGCUUCUCCAACGGGAAGCUUCGGAAUCCAGGCAGCGUGCACUUCACCCUGUACAAGAGUAAAGACACCACGAACCCCAGGAAGAAGGGCCAGCGGAUCUUGGCAGCUGAAACAGACAGACUGUCCUAUGUAGGGAACAAUUUUGGGACUGGAGCCCUCAAGUGCAACACUUUGUGCAGGCAUUUUGUGGGCGUUUUGAACAAGACCUCUGGCCACAUGGAGGUGUAUGAUGCCGAAUUGUUCAACAUGCAGCCAUUGUUCUCAGAUGAAUCAGUUGAGCAUACACUGACAUCACAGAGUCAGACCAAAACCUACAGAGAAAAGAUGGACUCUUGCAUUGAGGCCUUUGGUACCACCAAACAGAAGAGAGCUCUCAACUCCAGGAGAAUGAACAGAGUUGGCAAUGAAUCUCUGAAUCUUGCGGUAGCUAAAGCUGCAGGGAAUAUCAUUGAUGCAAAGGGGGUGACUGCUCUGAUCAGUGAUGCCGUCCAUGAUGACUCGCAAGGUGACUCCGUCUGCCUUCCUCCCUGCUAUGCUGAUGCAGCCAGGCCUGAAGAUGUGUAUAAAUUUGAAGAUCUUCUUUCCCCUGUGGAGUAUGAAGCUCUGAGAAGCCCUUCUGAAGCUUUCAGGAAUGUCACAUCAGAAGAAAUACUGAAGAUGGUCGAAGAGAACAGUCACUGCUCCUUUGUCAUUGAAGCACUGAAGUCCUUGCCAUCAAAUGAGGAGAGCCGAGACCGCCAGGCCCGGUGCAUUUGGUUUCUGGAUACUCUCAUCAAAUUUCGAGCUCAGAAAGUGAUUAAGCGGAAAAGUGCCCUGGGACCUGGAGUUCCACACGUCAUCAACACCAAACUCCUGAAGCACUUCACCUGCUUGACUUACAACAACGGCAGUUUACGGAACGUCAUCUCAGAUUCAAUGAAGGCGAAGAUUACUGCGUACGCGAUUGUACUCGCCUUGCAUAUCAGUGACUUCCAGGUCGACCUGACGGUGUUACAGAGGGACUUGAAGCUCAGUGAGAAAAGGAUAAUUGAGAUAGCGAGAGCCAUGAGGCUGAAGAUCUCGAAAAGUAGGGUGUCUGUGGCAGCUGGUGGGGAGGAAGACCACCGACUGGGCACUCUGUCCGUCCCGCUGCCUCCAGCCCAGACCUCAGACCACCAGGCGAAGCGGAGGAGAGUCACCUAGCUACCUGCUGUCCCCACAGCAUUGCGGCCACCUCACGGCCACUGCAUCUGCUCAUUUCUACUUUUAUUUUUAAAAAGGAA